GGAUUGCAAGUAGCGAGUAGCGAGCAGUGAGAGAAAAGCAGGCAGUGAGCAGAGCAGUCGUGUGUCCGUGCGGUGUCUGAACGACCGAGUGCGUCCGGCGAUCGGAACGGGACGCGUCGGGCCGACGACGGAAUGUCGGGCGUGCUGGAGACGCGCAACAACUCGGCCCUGUUCAAGCGGGCCGAGCAGCUGAAGCAAUGGGAGGAGUCGGGUACGAACGCCGAGUCAACGUCGCCGAAGCGGCCGGACCGCCGACGGGUGCGCUUCUCGGCCGGCUGCGUCUUCCUAGCCGCGUGCGCGGCCGCCGACCUCGACGAGGUCGACCGCCUGCUGGGAGCCGGCGCCGACAUCGACACGGCCAACGUGGACGGCCUGACGGCGCUGCACCAGGCCUGCAUUGAUGACAACCUGGAAAUGGUUGAAUUCCUGGUCAAGCGAGGCGCCGACGUUAACCGCGGUGACAACGAGGGCUGGACCCCGCUCCACGCCUCCGCGUCCUGCGGAUUUAAGUCGAUAGCCCGCCUGCUGAUUGAAAAGGGUGCCGACGUAGCUGCCGUCAACAACGACGGCGAGCUGCCCGUCGACAUCGCCGAGUCAGACGAAAUGGAGUUCCUUCUGCUCAGCUUCGUCACCGCCAAGGGCAUAGACUGUGAUGCGGCCAGGAACAUGGAAGAAAACCUGAUGCUGACUGACGCCAAAGAGUGGCUUAAUUCGGGCGAAUUGUGCGACCGGCCUCACCCGAAGACUGGCGCCACCGCGCUCCACGUCGCCGCUGCCAAGGGCUACAUCCAAGUUAUGAAAGUGCUGCUGCAGGCUGGUGCAGACAUCAACUCGCAGGACGUUGAUGGCUGGACGCCUCUGCACGCGGCAUCGCACUGGGCCCAAAAGGAUGCUUGCCAGCUACUAGUAGACAAUCUGUGCGACAUGCAGAUCAAGAACUUUGUCGGACAAACUGCCGAAGAUAUUGCCGAUCCUGAGGUGCUGAGCAGUCUUCAAGAAAUGAGGAAGGCACAGGCCGCCUUGCUGAAGAACCGACCAGUUCUGCCCGCCAAGCGUCCCCAGGCCAGCCGCACCACCACGCCCGGCAAAAGAAGGUCCAUGGACGUCAUCAUCCUCACCGACGUACCUGUCCACGCUGACGAGAACCGUAACAGUCCGAGUGAAAAUCUGGACAACCGAGGUGCAGAGGAGCAACAAGCUAACGAGCAUUCUGAGGAAUCCACGACCACCAGCGCUUCUGAAGAGAGUGAGUUAGAAGACUUGACCAUGUCUAGUAUGGAAGAGCUCAGAAAUAGAGUCAACGGCACCGAAAUCAUCUCGCAUCACUCGGCGCCGAAAAGCCCACCAAAGCAACCUGCCGAUUUGGAUGUUGGAGGUGUUCCCUCGUGGAGAAGAUCUGGCUCGGCGCGUUCGAGGAAUGGAGAUAGAUCUCAAAGGGCAACUGACCAAAGUGGAGCUCAGUCAAACACGCCGGAAGUUGUUUUACGGCGAACUGCCAGCUUAGAUUCCGAAUCAAAGGAAAGCAAAGAGGCAGGAGCGUCGCCAACCUCCCUGCCAGGGUUGGGCCAAGUUCGAAGUACGUUGGGACAGUCGUCGUCAGUGCCGACGACUCCGACUCAGGCCACAAGCAAACUCAGUCCAGGCAACAUCUUCAAAAACCUGUUCAAGUCGUUCGUGCCGCCGGUGCGCGAUGAAGAGAGCGAGACGCAGCGGAAGGCGCACGCCAAGAGGGUGCGCGAGACUCGACGCUCGACACAGGGUGUCACCCUGGAGGAAAUUAAAUCGGCUGAGCAGCUGGUGCGCAAGAAGCACCAGCAGGAUACGCCUGCUGCCGCCGCCCCCAGCACCACCCCCGCUGCCGCCCCUGUCGUCUCCACGCAGGCGCGCGCCCAGCAGCCGGCCCCGCCGCCCCCGAGCAACGGCAAAAGUAGCGCCGCCCCCGAGCCGACCGGCAAGUCAGAGAGGCGUCCCAGCUGGCGGCUCCAGCUCGACCCCACAGGCUCAAAGUUCCUGCUCGAAGAUGCGUCAAGCGUUGAGCAAAAGCGGGCUGGCAUCGCCACUGGCGGGCCCGCGGCGGCGCCUCCUGAUGCCAGCAUCACCGUGGCGCUGCGCAAAGGCGUCGCCAAACCUGCUCUCCCUGCCCACGAUGACAAAGCAGAUCAGGAUAAGGAGAAUGACAGUCGGAACGCGCAAGCAACUCAGGCUGUCAUUCAGCGUCGUCGCCGUCCGAAGCGAAGGUCCACUGGCGUUGUCCACGUUGAUUUUGACUUUCGUCUGAUGACGCAGGAAAUAGACCCAGAGAAACAAGAAGGAGGCCCUGAUGGCUAUAAGGGCGAUGAUGGUCGACUUGGAGGUCAGGAUGAGGACAUCUCGCCCACUGAGAAUGGCGAGCUUGACUACAAAAAGCUGUAUGAGGAGAUGCGGCUAGAAAACGAUAGGCUGCACGGCCGGCUGAAAAAGUGCGAGGACGAACUCAGGGAAGCCUCAUCGCUCAGGCUGGGUGGCCUGUCAUCGACAAUGUCAGAGACUGAGAAGCGGGAGCGCCGCUCAAUGGAGCGCAAGCUGGCCGAGAUGGAGGAGGAACUCAAGGUAAAGCCUUAUGAAUUAGCAAUAUGCUCAAGAAAACACACGCAAUUUCAAAAGCUGAAAGCGGAGAACGAAAAGCUGAAAGCGGAAAAUCGCGCUUUAACGCGGGUCGUCUCGAAAUUAUCGCAAUCCUCCUUGGCGGCGAAAUAGCAAAACAAUAUUUACUCUUUGCCCCCUGUCAUGGAGACCCUGAAGAAGGAUAAUCAAAAGCUGAAGGACGAGAACGGCGCCCUCAUCCGAGUGAUAAGCAAGCUGUCGAAGUGAAACAAAUUUUCUUAAAACGCAUACAUAUUGGUCGCAUCCCCGCGACGGAGCAGUCAUCGUUGUCAUUUUAACUUUUUUUAAUUUAACACAAUUCAAAGAAAUUCAGAAGACAUACAAACGCGCUUGUGUGCGUGAGAGUCGCCUGUACACUUUUGUUAAUUAUUAUUAGUGUAUAUUAUUCAAAUGUAUUCACCACUGUUUCUGCUUUUGUAGACCUGCUGCCGCGCGCAUUAUUAUCUGGUCAUUUCGAGGAGACGUGUCUGCUCGCCCUUCGGGCAAUUUACCAAGCAAUUUGAAGCCAUUGACAUUGAUUUUAAUCCUGAGAAGUGCUUGGUGUUUGCCCAGGGUGAUGCGUCGCUCUCCCCUGUUAUUAUUUUACCUGUCUCUCUUUCGUUCGCGCCUCUCUUCGCCAUCCGGAAGCCGCGACCUCUUUGAUUUGUAUAUUUAGCUAUCUUAAUGUGAUAUUCCUAAUCGGUCAAUUUUCACUUAUUUUCAUCCUCGUGUCCGCUGCCGCGCUAACCGCGUUCAUUUUACUAACUCUCAUGCAGAAGUAGCUAGAUGAUAAUUAACGAAACGUUGAAAUGGACAAUUGAAGUUGCCAAAAAUGCCAUUUGAGAGCUGAAAUAAUAGAAUCGAAACUAAUGGGGACCGUGCUCUCUCACUCUCAUUUUGAUAGGUCCGGCGCAACAAUCGGUUGGUCCACGUCCUGUUGCUCGUCGCAAGUCUCAUAGUUUUCCUCCUCGCAUCGCUCGUUUCCACCAAUUCGAGUAAAUAAGUAGUUUGAACUAAACGGAAGUACAUUUAGCAUGUUUGUUGGUUGAUCACACGCCAAGAGAAGUGUAUGAGAAAUCCCUCCAAGACUGUCGACACUACUUUUAUUUAUUUUGGAAAGUGCCUUUCAUGAUGUUUAAUAAGUAAUAAUGAUAAUGAGAUGUAAUUGUUACUCAUACUACACAAUACACACUGUUCAAUUCUGCAACUCGACAUCAUUUCUUACCAAUAAAACAUUGGACUUCGUUA